GGGGCAUCGUGACCUUUCACCCUCCCCGCUGUUUCCGGUCUCUGCAGAUUGAGGAGGAGAAGAAGAAGAGACGCUCUCCAGUGGAACUUUAACUUGAAAACUAAAGAGUGAAGUUCAACGUGUUUGCAGUUGGAGUCGCGGCGCAGAGAGAGAGAGAGAGAGAGAGAGCUGCUGCGGCCGGAUUAUGGCGAGUAACAACGUGUCCUACAACGACCAGGGCGACCGGGGCCUGGGAGGGGAGUCGACUGAGUUGGGCCAAGAAGCCACGGCGAUGACUUCAGGAGCCGCCGCCAGCUCGACGUUUCGCCUCUUCAGCACAGACUACAAGAAGAAUGAAGAUCUGCAUCAGAUGCUGGAGAGCAACAAGGAUUCACUUAAACUGGAGGCCAUGAAGAGAAUUGUCGCGAUGAUUGCUAAAGGAAAAAAUGCUUCUGAAUUGUUUCCCGCUGUGGUAAAGAAUGUGGCCAGUAAAAACAUUGAGCUAAAGAAAUUGGUAUAUGUUUUCCUUGUACGUUAUGCAGAGGAGCAACAAGAUCUGGCCUUGUUGUCAAUCAGCACGUUUCAACGUGCAUUGAAGGACCCUAACCAGUUGAUUCGGGCAAGUGCUUUGCGAGUUCUGUCCAGUAUCAGAGUAUCGAUCAUUGUUCCAAUAAUGAUGCUGUCCAUUCAGGAAGCUGCCAGGGACCUUUCUCCAUACGUCCGGAAAACUGCUGCCCAUGCUAUUCAGAAACUCUACAGUCUGGAUCCAGAGCAGAAAGAACCUUUAGUGGAAGCAAUUGAAAAGCUACUGAAAGACAAAAGUACGUUAGUGGCUGGAAGUGUUGUACUGUCAUUUGAGGAAGUCUGCCCAGAGCGAAUUGACCUGAUUCACAAGAAUUACCGCAAGCUAUGUAACUUAUUGGUGGAUGUGGAGGAGUGGGGGCAAGUGGUCAUCAUCAACAUGCUCACUCGCUAUGCCCGGACGCAGUUCCUCAGCCCUUGGAAAGAGGAAGAUUUUCAUGAAGCAAACAAUGAGAAAGAUUUCUAUCAUUCUGAUGAGGAAAAGAACAACAAUUAUGGCAUUGCUGCAAAAACACCUUAUAUCAUGGACCCAGAUCACCGACUGCUCCUCCGUAACACCAAGCCUUUAUUACAAAGCAGAAAUGCAGCUGUUGUAAUGGGGGUUGCUCAGCUUUACUGGCAUCUUGCACCAAAGUCAGAGGUCAGCAUUGUUGCAAAGUCUCUGGUUCGAUUGCUUCGAAGCCAUAGAGAAGUGCAGUACAUUGUUUUACAGAACAUUGCCACAAUGUCUAUACAAAAAAAGGGUAUGUUUCAGCCAUAUUUGAAAAGUUUUUAUGUUCGGUCAACUGAUCCAACACAGAUAAAAGUUUUGAAGCUCGAGAUUCUGACUAACUUGGCCAGUGAAACCAACAUCUCGAUAGUCCUCCGAGAGUUUCAGACUUAUGUGAAAAGCCAGGACAAACAAUUUGCCGCAGCCACAAUUCAGGCAAUUGGAAGAUGUGCGACCAAUAUUUCGGAGGUUACCGAUACAUGUCUCACUGGGUUGGUGUAUCUGCUGUCCAAUAGAGAUGAAAAUGUUGUCGCCGAAAGUGUCGUGGUGAUUAAGAAACUGCUCCAGACACAACCAUCACAGCACAGUGAAAUCAUCAAACAUAUGGCGAAGCUUCUAGAUAAAAUCACAGUAUCCAUGGCACGUGCAAGCAUCCUGUGGUUGAUAGGUGAAUACUGCGAGCAUGUACCAAAGAUUGCACCGGAUGUCCUGAGGAAAAUGGCGAAGGGUUUUAUGAAUGAAGAGGAGAUAGUGAAGCUGCAAAUUCUAAAUCUGGGAGCUAAGCUCUAUCUUACCAAUCCCAAGCAGACAAAAUUGCUUAUGCAGUACAUAUUAAAUGUAGCCAAGUAUGAUCAGAACUAUGACAUUAGAGAUCGUACAAGAUUUAUCAAGCAGCUGAUAGUUCCAAAUGAGAAGAGUGGAGCUUUAAGCAAAUAUGCCAAGAAAAUAUUCCUUGUCCAAAAGCCAGCACCAGUCCUCGAUUCUCCAUUUAAAGAUAGAGAUCGUUUCCAAUUGAGCACGUUAUCUCACUCGUUGAAUACAAAAGCAAAUGGGUAUCUGGAGCUUCCAGAUUGGCCACAGACAGCCCCUGAUCCUUCUGUCCGAAAUGUGGAAGUUAUUCAGCAGAUUACAGAAGUGGUAAUACCAGUAGGUAAACUAAAAGCAAAGAAAGACACUUCAGCUGAGAAGUUUUACUCUGAUUCUGAAGAGCAGGAAGAAUCCAGCGAAGCAUCUGGUAACGAGAGUGAAUCUGGCAGCAAGAAUGAAGAGAGCAGUGAAAGUUCAAGUGAAGAUUCAAGUGACAGUGAAUCAGAAAAAGAGAAGACGAGUGAAGGAAGUGAAAGCAGCCGCAGAGAAAACGGCCAAACCAAGUCGAAAAACGUACAAUCUGCAACUAGUGAGUCUGAGGAAAGUUCAUCGCAAGAUAGUUCUGAAUCUGAGAGCGAUUCUGAAGUGGACAGCACCAUGAAGCGAAAGAAAGAGGAGAGUAAAUCAGUGCCACGGGCCAUGGGCACCAUCAAGCAGGACGUUUCACUGCUCGAUCUGGUUGACCUUUCCGAUAUGUCAACACCAGUGGUGGUCCCAAAGCCAGCAAAGACGUCAAGAUUAGCUGCGGAUCUGAAAGGAUUAUCACUUUCCAGUAAUUCUUCUACCAUAAAUGUUAUCACUCCUGUAUUUGUCCCAGACAAAUCAUUUGAGCUGCUUCACCGUAUGUCUGGAAAGGGUCUUGGCGCACGUUAUCACUUUCCACGUCAGCCGUGCAUUUACAAUUCCAAAAUGGUGUCCGUUCAUAUUACAUUCACGAACAACUCUGACCAAGAAAUUCAGAACAUCCAAAUCGGAGAGCGGAAGCUUGCAUCGGGAAUGAAAAUGCAUGAUUUCCAUGAAAUAGACAACCUUGAUCCUGGGACAUCAAAAACCGUUUCAAUGGGUAUCGACUUCUGUGACUCCACACAGGCUGCUAACUUUCAACUAUGUACAAGCAAUGACCAUUUUAGUGUGAACAUCCAACCUCCAGUCGGGGAGCUGCUGCUACCGGUCACAACGUCUGAAAAGGAUUUCAUAAAAGAACAAGGCAAAUUGACAGGAAUGAAUGAAAAUUCUACAACUAUAACAGGUGCUCCACAGAACAACUCCUGCCAAGCAACUGUGAAUAAGGUGGUAAGCGUGGCUAAUGUCGGAGUGGUGCCUUCCAGCCAAGAUAACGUACACAGGUUUGUCGCUAAAACUGUGAACAGUGGAGCCUUGGUACUAAUCACAAUGCAAGUGAAGGAAGGGUCAACGGUGCAGCUCAGCAUCAACACGGAAAAGACUGUGAUCGGUUCGGUACUGCUGCGGGACCUUAAGACUGUGUUGUCUCAAGAGUGAAGAGGUUACAUCUGCUAGCAACUGAGUGGCAGGCAGCGUUUUGGCUUGCCACUGCUAUCAUUUUCAUCUAUACCUACAUCUCCGCUCAACUACAAUCAAACUCCCCUCAAUCUUGCAUGCCGCCUUGGAUUUCCACCACUUCCAUAAUCACAAUGCUUUUUAAUUUUGCCAAUUAAUAAACCAACGCAUUUCCCUAUAACUAACUAAACUCUGAGAUACUCGCUUUGUAGUUGGUUGUGUUUCCCAUCGUAUUAUUGCCAGGGGUGUAUUUCUUUAGUGGCUAAAUGUUGAAUGCAGGUUAACAACGCAACCUUUUGUUCUGUAUUAGCUCUCUCCGGAGAUGUUGGAGCAACUAAUAAUAAAACUGUGUGGUUUCCAAGAAAUGCACCUGGAGGUAAAGAUGCCUGCAAAAGAAUCAUAAGGCAGAUUUAUAAUCUGUUCAUGAGAUUAUUGUUGGAGAAGAACUGAUUGUGCCAUAAUACCUUCUGAUCCCUGACCCUCCCACACCCGACUGAAGAUAUAUUGGUACAAAAUUCAAAAACCAAAGAAAUGUAUGACUUUGCCCAAAAGUCAUGUUUGAUGAUUGUUUGCGCUAAUGUUGUAUUAAUGCCCUUUUAGCCAUUCAUGUUGCAAAGUGUAUCUCAGUAUUUUGUCUCAUGCGCCUAUAUAAUCGUGGUCAAAUAAGGUGCUUUCACUUCUCGGAUAGUUCUAAAGAAAGUGAAACAUUGGAUCUCUGGAAAAAAAUAAUUAAAAAUUGUGAAAGUACAAGGAUGCUUGGUGUGUCAGUGAAAUGCCAGAAAAUAUAGAUUUGGGUGUAAUCAUCAUUUAUCAGAAUUCAUUUGGUUGUGAUCUGGUGGUUAAAUGCAUUCUGCAAAUGUCACAAGUGGACAUUGGCUCCCUCGGUCUGAGCAACCAAGAUUGGCUGACCUACACACACACAAACCUCUUUGGAGAACCCACUUUCUUUCAUAUUCCAUCUCCUUCAUUAGGGAACUUGCUUGAAAUUGUUCCUGUACACCUCCUAGUGGCUCCUUUACUGCGUGGAAAGGAGUCAACGCCAAGCCGCGCCGUUGGGCUAGAUAGAGGAACGGCUUUCUUUGCGUCCUUCCUUCCUCUUUUAUUAUGGUUCUGAAUCAUGGCAUUCCUAAAGACUGAAAAAAAUAUCGCAAUGGUUUUCAGUGGAACAGAAUCUUCACUGUGGUAAUUGAUGGUAAAAACACCAAAAUAUAUAUAUAUUUUGCAAACGAUAUAUCACCAAUGAUUGUUCGAGCUUACAGAGUUUAGUAGUUAUACUGUUUAGAUCUUUUCUGCUGGCUUUUACAGGCUGCAAUAUCUUGAAGUUCAAAGCAGCUUUCCCUAAUCAUAAAGGGGGAAAAGUACAGUUUGUGCUUGAUUUAUUUGUUAGACCAAAUUGGAAAAUAAUGUAAUAAAUCUCGGUAGCUUUUUUCCAUGUCGAAGUAAAAGGGGGAAAUGGCUGUUUAUGGAACAGCUUGCUUGCAUCUUAAUCUUGAUUAUGUGCCAGUUCUUCAAUUACUAUUGUUAGUCUAUUGAGAAUAGUCACCAACAGUACUUGGAGAUGCUGGUACUAGUGUUUAUUUGCUUCCUCCAUCAUUUGUUUUGGAAGUAAAAUGCAAAAGAGUGCUUAUUAAAUUUCCAAAUGGCUCUGAGUGCUGCAACUAGAUUUGGUCUAUAUGUGUGCAGUAAUUAUUUAAUGUUUAGGAUUCCAAACAGUAUUUUUUCCCCAUGUUGUGUGUAGUUGUUACAUUAGGGACGUGUGUUUGCUGGUGUACAGCUGCUUCAGUUGAUUUACAGUACCAUGGCUGUGGCCAGUCAUAAAUAAAUCCUCUUAUAUAGUUGUUAUGAACACCUGUUAGAUCAUCUGUCGGCAAAAUGCUGUUCACAUUUAUCAUGGUGCGAUAGCUAUUUUACCUCAAUCCAUUUACAGUGGAGUCUGCCUCCAUCACUGUAUUACUAUUACUGCACCAUAAUCACUCGUUUCCACUCCAUGUACAACUUGCAGAUAAAAGAUUUCAGUACUUGGCAAAAUUUCAUAAAUAAAGGAGCAGUUCACUGCAGUAAAAGUU